CCGGAUCUGCGAUCUGCUGUCCGCAUCCUCCGUGUGCCCCCCCGACGGCAACACGAAACUGCUCAAGCUGGAAGAUAUUGUGUCGGGCCAGGCUAAAGCGUUGGAUUUCACGUCCUCGCUCUUCACGAUCGACAGCGAUGUGUAUGCGGUCACCCCCGAGGAUCAGCGGAUCUUGGAUGAGCGCAGGGACACGCUCAACACGCAGUUGCAGGAGAUUGCCGCGCAGCUGUUCUCGGGGGCGAUGGACAAGGCCAGUGAACUCAAGAAGGUUCGGUACCACCGUGUAGUGAUCAGCCUGGUGCUGCUGCUCAACCUCAAGUAUCUCCUGAUGAAGUCGCCGUCGGUGGAGCAGAUGACGCUGAGCUUGACGAACCUGAG